GGAUGUUGGUAAAAAUCAUUAAUACAAAAACACUUUGAAUCGACCCUAUUUUGGAAUAGUGUAGUCUUAAUGGUUUUUAGGGGUAGGGUCUUACCAAAGGAUGUGUCUGCUAAAUGACUCAAAUGUACAGUCCUACCAGGUGAUGGUAUCUGAUUUAUUGCCACUUUUGACUCAACUUUUAGGGUGUCAAAGAGAAACUGAAUUCAAGGACAAUAAGGAUUGUGGUCUUUUUAAUUCAAGUAAGCUUUUCCCACAGUGGAAAACUAUAUGUCAGAAAUGAUGGCAGGUUAAUGGAGGUCAGAAACAGUGGGAUUCAUAAAUGUCUACAUGUACUUGAAACAUUCAUACCUUCCAUAUAUAUGGGCAGGAUAUUUUCAUAGAGGGUGAAGAAUGAGAACUUUUUGGGAGGGAUAAUGUGCAGAUUGUCUGAACUCUUUCUGUGUUGCACUUAAGAUUUACCUGGAACGUUGAAUUGCAUUGAAUUCUGGGUCGGCAGAAUUUAGCAUUUGAAUCAGGAAAAGUUUAUACUCACGACCUCUACACAAGCCAGAAUGUUGAAUACAAUUAUAUUUUAAUAUACUUUACCGGCAUGCACACAUGAUAAAAAUACAUGCAUUACUUGCCGAGCUCGUGUACGUGUUUACGUGGUUUUGCUCAUGCUUCAGGUGAAAUCUGAAUGUAAUUAUACUUUCCCGUGGAUAUUGUCUGACAUUCCUUCCACCAAAAGGACCAACCGGUAAAGCAUGGGAGCUGGUUCCAGUCAACCCAGUGAGAAUGAUGAGCAGGCCAUCGUACCCCAGCAGGACAGGAGAAAGACCUCUAACAGGAGACACUCUGAGGAAACACUGGACUGCCCAACCUGCCAGGGCACGGGCCGAAUCCCACGAGGCCAGGAGAGCAAAUUGGUGGCAGUGAUCCCCUGCUCCGAUCAGAGGCUGAAACCACGACACACGAAGUUGUAUGUCACUGUGUCGGUGACGCUGUGCCUGCUGGUCAGCUCGCUGGUCCUCUUCUUCUUGUUUCCUCGCAGUGUCAUCCUCUCACCCGGGGCUGUCAAGUCUGUCUAUGUUUACUUCACCCCGACCACUGUCCAAAUGAACAUCACGAACAUCAUGAAUAUUACCAAUGACAACUUUUUUACAGUUCAGGCCUAUAACUUGACAGUGCAGGCUCUUUUUGAUAAAACGGUUGUGGGCAAGGCUGAUAUGAAAAAUGUCACCACUGUCAAACCACUCACGGAAAAAACGUUUGCCUUUGAGAUUCCUGUCACGCUAUUGGAGGAGGGUCUGAACAAUUACUGCAAGAAAUCUACAAUCAAGAUCCACACGUUAUUUGUCCAUCUUCAGAUGUCAAUGACUGUCUACUACCUGGCCCACUUUGAGCAGCUUUCCCUGGACACGUUUGAAUACAUCGACUGUGGGUCUAACACCACAACACCCCACCCCAUCAACCCUACACCCUGAGAACAAGGGCUCCAUUAGGGGCAGGAUGACAAGGGUGAGGGGAAGACUGAGGAGCAGGCCAUGAGGUGAACUGUGGAGAACAACCCUGUGACAGUGUGAUCAAAAACCAUAUGGUUUUUCUUGCAAAAUCCAAAUGUUAUGGGGAAGAAAGAAACAACAAAAAUGUGGAGCUUGAAAUUCAAAUUAAAUCUCUAAAAUGUU